CAACAGCGUUCCCACUGCUUUGUUUCCCGUUUUGCUGACGAUAUAUUAUUUACGAUAUUCGACUUUGAAUUACAUUUGGGAAGUCACAGUAUAACCACACCUAGUAAACGUCAAAAUGGCUACACGAAAGUCACCUCGCCUGAAUGGACCACCGGCUAAAGCAAGAAAAGUGGACGAUCAACAAAACGCUGUUGCCAUUGCCGCCAACGCUGCCGUCGAGGAAGCAACACCACCCAUUUUCAACCUCGUUGACGAUUGCUGCUAUGCCAUUUUGGAUUGGCUGCCACGUAAAGACCUCAACGCAUUCGGCCAAACGUGCAAAUGGGCUCAACAAGUUGCUGCCAACUUCUACCAAAUGAACCACACAGCAGCAGAGUAUAUCGUCAAAUCAUCACGCCAUAUUUCUGUUCCUGAUGUCUUUGAUAUCGAAAACACGCAAAAAAUAUGCAUCGACGGCAUAAACUUGGAUCCAUAUCGCCAAAUUAAAUCAUACCGCAACGAACCGAUCAAGCAAAUUCGCUUGGGAGGAACCACAUUAUCAGUCGCGAAAGUCAAUUGUCUCAAAAAGCUACUACGCACAGUCAAAUGUGUGAAAUUGGAAAGGUACUCAAUCAAAGGCGAUUUGUACGAAAAAUUCCUCAAAUUUUGUACCAACAUCAAGACGCUUUCUGUUGGAUAUUGCUAUAUGCGUAAUGGGAAUCACAAUGAUGGAUGGUUGACCCGAAAAUAUCCAACACUCCAACAUUUGGAAGUAACUGGUGGUAUCGCUCGAAAAUUCGAUGAGCUGAAGACAUUUUUCGAACAAAACCCAAACGUACGUAGCUUCGCUAUCAAGUCUUCUCUUCUUGAGAAGAAUUGGGACAUGUUUAGAACGACCAACAUCAAAUUGGAUGUGUUGGCGAUUUGGUUUGAUUCGGCCAAUGUGACCACAUUUCGUGACAACUUGAACUCACUACAUGGACGUGGUGUUUUCCAACGGUUGCACUGGUAUAGCAGAGAGAUAUCUGCUGAAGAAGCUUCAUUGAAUGCUUUGGAAAAAUUGUCAGUUUGUCCUUGGAAUCUUGGUGAAUGUACUACCAUUUCACCACUUUUGGUUAACAUCAAAGAAUUGAUCAUCAGAUUCUAUCUCAAUGGCUCAACAACUAUGGAGACAACAGCUCGUAAUCUGGUGAACCUCGAACGUGUUUAUCUCGGUCAACCAACAUCCGAAGCAAUUGCGUCAUUCAUUCGUCAUUCAGCCAAGUUGAAGAAAAUCAAGGUCGCCCAUUACAUUCGAAUGCCGAUGCCGAACAGCGCUAACAAUGGCCUUGAUCUUGCGGCGUUAAACAAGGAGCGUGAAAAAUUGGCUGGAGCACAAAAGGUCACAAUCUAUGUUCCAGAAGACAUUUACUUGGCAAAAAAGUGGGCAACAGACAAAACGGACUACGGUUUGAUCGAGUUGAAGCGAGGAAGCUCAUACGAUUGGGACAGAAAUUUCAACUCAUUAUAUUAAUAAUUUAGAUUAAGUGAAUAGAACGUGUUCCAUUGGCAAAAAUUGUUUCACAAAUUGCGAUACUCUAAACGUACAUUAUGAUACAAAAAGCAAGAAAUUCCAAUUUAGAUCAUUCGUUUAGGAAAAAAUGUUUAAUUUUUUCUUUUACGCAAAUAUCCAAAUCUUGAACAACUAUUCAAAUGGUUUAGUCACCGUUUAUCUAUUUUAAGAUCCUUAAAAUUAUUCGGCUUGAUUCUUAAUUAUAUGCUAUAUGCAAUAUUCCAAAUAAAUAUGUGCCCAAUCAUUCAAUAAAAAAAAUAA